AUGGCAGGCGAGGACGACGGUGACGAGGUUGUGCCGUACCCAGCCUGGUGUGGGUGGUGGACCACGGACGAAGAUGAACGCCCACGGACGACCACCAACGACCGCGAGCGCCCACCAACAACCACGAGCGCCCACCAACGUCCACGACCACCCGCGCGAACGUCCACGAGCGCCCACCAACGAGACGAGGGCGACCCGCCCACGAACGUUUACAACCGCCCACAAACGAAGGCGACCGCCCGCCAACGAAAACGACCACCUGAACGGACACAAGCAAUGACGAGCCCAGGGGAGUUCCCCCCUCCAUCACUCCUUACCCCUCCCCCUCUCCCCAUCACUCCCUCCCUCCUCCAUCACUCCCUACCCCUCCAUUCCCUCACUCCCCCUCCCAUUCUCUCACUCCCCCUCCCAUUCCCCCUCUCCCUCUCUCUCACUCCCUCCCACUGCACACCACUCCCCCUCUCCCUCAUUGCAGCACUCCCUCUCCCUCUCUCUUAUUGCCUGGCACCCCUCCCUCAUUGCCUAUAA